AGUACCAGUCGAUUCGCUAAUUGAUUGGGUACAUACAUGCAGGUGUGAGGAGACGUCUUUCAUCGUGUGUUUAUUCCGCUUCGUCUGUGAAUGUGCAAGACUAUGAAUCGGCAGAUGGAGGCCAGCAUGAAUUCUUUAGUGACGCGAUACUGGUUUCUUUUAAUUCUUGGCUGUCUACCUGGUUUCUCCGACCCCGUCAUCCUUUCUGAAAACAUUCAAGGACAGUGCUUGACUGACACCCUUCUGAUCCAGAUCACGAAGCCAUUCCUAGAUCUUUACAGCGUGGACAUUUCUGUUAGAGAUGACCAAGGUACGGCCCAUCUGUUGGAGCCCUCCCUGAACGCCAAGUGUGGUUACAAGCUCAAGAACUAUAAAGGGGAUUUAAACCUCCUGGUUUCACUGAUGGCCUGCCACUUGUAUUUGGAGGGUGAGCGGGUGCUGCUGACGAUCGAAGUGGAGUACGAGCAGCUGAGGAACUCCUCCGUGUCGGGAGCAGACGUGUUCUCCUUCACCUGUGUGCAGAAGGAGCUGGCGGUAAAGAGGAAAGUGUUCUGCGAGGAGGAGUAUAUUGAGGUGUCCCUGAAGGUUGACAUUCCUUUCCAGGCUGGUCUGCAUCAUGCUCAGGACCAGGAGGGCCCUUGGUUUUUUGAAGUCCACUAUCCGGACGGCAGUCUGAUCAACGUGGACCAGCCUUGGAUAUUGAGGAACGGCUUUGGUCUGAACAUCAGCAGCUAUUACGGCUGGAUCACCCUCAGAGUUCCCCACAGCAGCCCGAUCAUCGGAAAAAAGGAUGUCUUUGACUAUCCAUCCUUGGCGUACACCAUGAUGGCAAAGCAUGAGGAACUUCUCAUCGGGCUGCGCUACGACUUGAGCGCCAUCUGUCCAGAAGUUCAGGUCCGCUGUGCAGGAGCCGACGUUACCGUGUCCGUGCCCAUCGUGCGGACCCCCGCCAGCGGAGAAACGGUAGACCUCGUCUUCGGCAUUCAGGUCGACGGGAUCACUGUUUCUCAGACCGACAUGGACGAGAGAGGCUUUCUGUUGCAGCACAGUGCCCAAGAGGUCACUGUGACCUACCCCAAAAAGAACAAUGUUGAAUACAAACUGGAGGAAACGGUCUACAGAAACCAGCUGAGUUUGGUGCACAUGUGGAGGGACCAGGCUGACCGGAGCAAUAACCUUGUGGUGAUCUACCUUCCAGUGGACUCGUGUCACCCCGACGACCUGAAUCCAGAGUUCACAGUAACCGGUAAUGAGAUGGGAUUCAACAUCACCUAUGGCCCGAUACCUCUGGAUUAUAUAGUCUCCAGCAUUUCCAUCGAUGGCACCAUCAGCUAUUCACUCGCGGACAUCGCAGCGCAGGGUGCCAAUGUUACCAUGAUAAAAGAUGUGAACUUCCAGUACGUCAAUGUCUUUGCCAAGUACGGCACACCGGUGGUGCCACGCAAGUACAUUGGAGGGACCAGCUCUCAGUACUCCACCACUCCCUCGUUUCUAUUUCUCAAUUCCGAGAGGACGGAGGAGACUGUGACAGAAACGGAGACUCAUACCUACAACCGCUCGGAUGUUGUGUUUCCUGUUCUGCAUGGGAGCUGCGGCGACGAGCGGAUUUGCUUCAAUGUGAGCAAAGGAAACGCAGAGGAGUUCUGGCGCUUCUAUGUGUGGGAGGUCCCUGUUCUCACCUCCCAGAGGGGCUACAUCUACAGAGACCACGGCGCCAACUUCUGGCUCUGUGUGGGCAUCCAGUCCCCCGACCUCCUCCACCGGAGUGUUACUGCAGAUUCCAGGGUGAUGGCGCUGGCAGUUUCUUUUCGUGACUCUGUGACGGGGAAGACUGUUGUGAAGGCAGAGCAGCUGUGCACCUUCCUCACCGGGGGAGAGCUGGUUUGCACAGCGACGGGUGAAAUGAAGGCGCGCGCUCUCAGGAUCUCUGCGUCUCCAGCAGUGGAUCUGCACAGCCUGUCUCUCCGGGACCCUCGCUGCGGCCCCUCCGAGGUCACCGACAACCUGACCUCCUUUGAGUUCACAGUCAAUACCUGCGGGACCACCAAGGAGGUUCAUGGGGAUUAUUUUGUCUAUGACAAUGAGAUUUCAAGUAAAGUGACAGCGAAGGACAAUACCACCAGACACACUCUGUAUAAGGUGACUCUGCUGUGCCAGUAUCUGCAGACAGACCAGCUGUCUCUGGAGCUGUUCAGUAAAUACAAGCAGAGCCUCCCUAAACCAGCCCUGGGACAGGGGGAGUUCAAGCUCUCCCUGGAUAUUAUGAGAGACCCUGGCUACACUACACCAUACCCCAAGGAGGAGUUCCCCAUCACCAAGCUCCUGCGGGACCCCCUGUUUGUGGAGGUCUCUGUGCUCAGUGAUGACCCUGGGAUUGAGCUCUUUCUCAAGGACUGUUGGGGGACCCUGGGAGCCGACCCCUCAAGCACCCUCAUGUGGCCAGUGAUCAAGGACAGCUGUGAGUUUAAAGGAGACAAGUACAAGACUGUGUUCCACCAGGUGAAGCCCACAAGGAGAGUACAGCUCCCGGGACACUACAAGCGCUUCGAUGUGAAGAUGUUCACCUUCGUAGACAUGCAGUCCAAACAGCUCCUGGACAAGGAGAUCUAUUUCCACUGUGCCGUGAUCAUAUGUGAUGCCCAAGCGCUGAGUUCUGACCAGGCUUGCUCAGGAGCCUGUAUACCUGGCAAGCAGAGGAAAGGGAGAGGUGCCUGGUCUCUGGGAGUGCAGCACGGCGUUGUGUCCUCUGGAGGAAUCAGUCUGCAGAGUUCUGCUGAUGCAGCCACCAGUCUGUUGGAUCCUGACACCCCUUCUUGGCUCAUUAUAGUGUCAGCGACUGGCCUCCUAGCUUGCUUAGCCUUCAUGGUCUAUGCCUACUGGCGACUUAAAUUGAAAAAAAGAAACUCGAAUAAACCUGCGACCACUUAACACCAGUGUCUGUCUGUUUAUUUCAAAAACCACAGUUCAGACAGCGUGCCUAUUAAACAAACCAGUUU